AUGAGACUUAGUGAAGGUUUAAAAUUAAUACAACCACGAGCAAUGUCAGGAAGUUUAGUGGCUUACGAUAAAUUUGAAUUUGCUGAAUUAAGACGAUUUAGACAAUUUUAUCUUCUUAACGUUGAAAAGACAAUUACUGGUGCAAAGUCUUUUAUUGGUGAAAUGAUGUCUCCCAAUAAAAUUGAUGUUAGAUUGCCGGACAAUAUAUACACACUUCUAGUCGAAUACUACAACACAGCAUAUGAUAAACUAAAUUUCUUUUCAAUUGUAGAAGCAGUUCAAAAUCUAAACUAUUCUAAUCACAGAAUUAUUGUUCGAUCUCAAAUAAAUCAGUACGGAUAUGUCCAAAUUGGAGCUGAG